ACGCGAAAACCAAAUUUUGUCUAUUUUAAAGAGUAAAUUCUAUUAAAUAGUAAGCAAAUUUAGACAACGCAAAAAGUUGUAGCUCUAGUAAACAGUGACCGUGGUGAUGGUUUUAAAAUUUUGCUAAUGUGCAUGCGUAGUUUAAUAAAUCAAAACAAACGAUGAGCAUAAAACCUAUAUGGCAGUAAGGUUAUGUUGAAGUAAGUGAUGUAAUCUUAGUGAAUGAUAGCUUGUAAAUAUUUGUAGUUGAUAUCUGAAAUUAAUAUUUCGUCGUCGUUAUGAAUAUGAAGACAAACUCCGAAUGGAUAUUGUUCUACAGUAUGUUUUGUUUUACCUGUACAUUCGUACACAGCUGGCAUGUUUUGCGUCUCCUGAACUUUUGCUGGGAUUAUCAAGAACAAUGACACUGUUGUGCUCAUCUUUUCUUACACUGGAAGUUAAGUGAACCUAAUGUUGAAAAGUUAUUUAAAUUAUGGAACCAAACUUUCAGAGACAGGACUCUGAUGAAGGUGUUGACCUAUCAUCAUUAAAUGGAAUAAGUGACAACUAUUUAACUGAUUUCUCGUACAGUGAAGACCCUAGCCCCUUUUCUUUUGCAAGAGCUGUAACAGUUUAUAUUUUAUUGCCUAAAAAUGUGCCUGUAUCAAGAGCAGACCGUUUAUUAUGGUUUCUAGAUAGAAUAAACACAAUUAUAACAUUUACUGAUAAUAUUAAAUUGGAUGAUGACUCUAAUGAGUUAAAGAUAGUUUCAAUAGUGCCUGCAGAAGCAUUACCAUCCAAGACCAACAGAUAUUUAAUCACAGUUCAUACUCAGGUUAAAUUCCUAGCACACAGAUACAGACUAGUUUAUUGUAUUGAUAUGAGCCCUUCUCAAUCUGCAGUUGAUGUUCAAAAAGGAGAAAUUUUAUUUGAUGAAAUCUUGAAGUGCUUUCGAAAUAGUUUAGAAGGGAUUUGUAAAGAGUUCAUAAUUCCUGGAAGUUCUAUAGUUCAUAAACCAAUUUUAUAUUUAACAGUGAUAGUGAAUACUCCAUUUUUUAUGAACCCUGCACAACAAGUUUUAGUAAAAGGUGUUAUAGUAUCGUCUUGUAAUUUUGAAGAGAUAAUAAGUCUGAUAGAAGCUCAAUUCUACUAUUUAGAAGGUAGAAUUGCACAAGUGUCUACAUUAGCUCAUGAACAAAUAGAACUUUUAAAAGCCGAAAAUGAGGGAAUGGUAGGUUCUCUGUUUGAUCUUCACGAAAGUGAAAAUGUUUCUUCCACGGUGCCCAUGGUUUUGCCAGAUGUCAAUUUCGUUAAUAUGUUACGUUAUUCUAUGCUAGCCAUUUCAUUACUUCCUGAAAAUUGUUUAAGUCAUAUUCUAGUCAUAACUGAUGGUGUUGUAGCUAUGCCUGAUAGCAACAUAAUGGAGUCCCUUUUAUUGCAGUUACAUUAUGAUGGGACUCCUGUUUCAUUUUUGAAAAUAGGUUCCCCUUUUCAUCCUAAUAGUAGUGCAGGUUACAUCCCUUACACUGACCUUCUUCAUUUUUUAUCACAAUCUACAAUGGGCACAUGCUUAGACACUUAUCCACAAAUAAGGGGUGAAUCAGAUUCUUUUAACAUUUAUCACAAUUAUUACUUAGUAUGGAGUUUUUUUGGCAACGGGAAAUACGAUUACAGUUUCAUUUUCGAAACGCAACCCUGUUGCAAGUGGAUAUUGCCAAAUCAGAAUUUUGAAAAUAACAGAGUUCCUACUAUACUGUCCAAAAAACAGGUCGAAGAAAGUAUAAACGCUUCUUUUCUCCUUUUACUCUCACGAAGAAUGAGAGAGGGCUACACAUUAGAUGAUAUAAGUCGUAAUAAUGGUAUAAUUGAAGUUAAAUUAAACUUACAAUGGAAACCGUUUACUUAUAUUCAAUAUAGAAUGACUUCACAGUGGCCAUGUGAAAAAAACAGUACCAAUUUUGAAGUUCAAAUUUUAGCUCCUUAUGAAUUUUUACAUGACAUAACGUGUCUUAUGAAAAAGGAAAUUAAGUCUUCUUAUCGACAAGCAGUUAUUGAACGUUUCUGGAUGCGAUUAUCUCAGUUGUCUACCGGCGAUUCUCAACUUGCGCAGCAUUUUACCAGUUUCAUGAAUUCAACAGUUUGGUAUACACUUCCUGAAAGUGUAAGAAAUGGCAUUCCAUUGUUUGCCAUUAAUGGGAAUGAUGCAACUAAAUUAUCAUUGUCCCCAUGUGAUCCCUCAUGUCCAAAGUUUGUUUCUGCUUGGCAACCAAUUUGUCAGAUUGAGACAAACAAUUGGAGAAAAUGGUUUCAUACUCAUAAAUUAUCCUUAAUAUUAAAACAUGAUCAUCCCCUCCCGAGGCAUAUGCAUUUAACAAAUUCUUCAAGGCGAUUUCAGGUAGUUCAGUGUAGACAGGCAGCUACUGCUUUAUAUGGAUUAUUAGCUGAAUGGGCUACAUUUGUUUUAAUAGACAAUCAUACGUAUUUGAAAUUUGUUUAUUUUGAAGACAUAAAAAUACCUUCUUGGUUUUGUCUGGUUCGUGUUACAUCCAAAUUACCCUGUGCCGUUUUAAAUUUCGGCUUUGUUAACAACACUCCUGGCUUUCAACGAUAUAGGGUGGUUGAAGAACUGAAGAUACAGUUGUCUUACUUGUCAUACCUUUCAAGCCCUUUAAAGGUGAGAGAAAGCGUUUGUUGUACAUUACUUCAGAAGCCUUUGGAAAAAAUUCUUAUAAGAUAUGAACGAAAGCCUAGCGAUUUAUCAACUGUGAUAUUCCCAGAUGGAACUCAGCCACCCCAAUCCCUUACCAACUUCGCUUCGUCUCCAUUAACUAGCACUUUAUUUACUACACUGUCGAGAUAUUUGUACCAUCGAAGAUGGAUUUGGAGCACGUCCCACAAUUCAAAUCCAAAACUCGAAGAAGGUGCUAUAUCUCGAGUGCUGAGUACAUUAUCAAGGAUUAGGUUAAAAGAGGGCUUUAAUAUAGCCCAUUCUUCAUCAGGAAUAUUAACAAUGGUUUUAGAGCUUCAGAUGGAGCCUGUUCAGAACUGUAUUAUACAGUAUGUUCUGUUUCCUCCUCACAGUGCAUGGAAAGGUGAAGAAUUUACAAGCAGUUCUGAAGAGGAUGCUGAAGUUGAAAGUGAACUAGAAUCUGAACUUCAAAUUGUUACUGAAGUCUGGGUGGAACCACAGUAUGGUACUGUAAGUGAGUCGUCUCCGAAACCAGAAGGAUUUGGUAGAAAGAGAUAUUAUGAACUUGCUGAUGUGUUGAAGACUAUUGAUUGGCACUGUAUAAAUUCGUUAUUAACAUUAGAACAUUUAAAUCUGAUGUGUCAGGAAAUAUCGAAACCCCCGGUUUUACCGAAGGCUAUCCCCACACGACGCUUUAGUACUUUGAGUCGACAAAGAAAAAUAUCGAAUUGUAAGAGUAGUAAAACAAGCUUGCCCGAUUUAUUAUCAAUGGGAGAUUUUGAAGCCCAGAUAAAUCCCUCUAUUAGUCAAAGAAUUCAGCACAUUCCAUUUAACUUCGACCCAAUUGGCUUACUACAAUUUUGUUUUCUUACAGAAUUACUAUUUUCUAUGUUUGUGGAUAUGGAUGAAGAGCGUCCGUCUUCUUUAAGUAAUUACGAUUUUGGAAAACCAAAUAAAAUUUUACUGGAAGCACUUCAAGAUAAUUUACAGUCUUUACACGAUAGAGAGAUCGAUAUAUCUCCAGAAGAUUCCGACCGAUUUACUCGGCACAUUAUUAACAGGCAUCCCAACAAACGUCCCAAAACGUGUCCUAUUUCUCCUUCUACCAGAGAUCAUUUAUCUCCUAAUAUUAAUUGCAUUUCAAGAUGGAGAUGUUUUAUAAAAGGCAUUUCUAUAACCCAUGCAAUUUUAACUUUUGUUCCUGCUACACUAGAUGACAUUAGGUUUUUGGUUUCACCACAUAACGAAAAGAACAUUAUAUGUUCUGAAAAGAAAAGUGGUCUUCCUUUACCGUUGUAUGUUUUUGAUUGUCCCCUUGCUGCCUUGGUUGAGUGCUUUGUUAAUGGUAGUGACCAGAACCGUUCUCAAAAUGACAUUUAUGAUGAUCACAGGCACAAAGUAAAUUUAGAAAAAAUAAACGAAAGGCUGAGUACUACUUCACAAAGUAGUAGUACAGAGACUAAAACUGAAGAGACUGAAAAUACUGAUCAAAGAACUAGCUCACAGCAACAUUGUCGAGCUUUAGUAUUAACAUAUUCAAAAUGUUUUGUCUUGUCUCUGUUUUCCUCAUUACAAUGUGGUGCAUCCGUUCACGAAUCUGACGUUCAUUUUGCUAUAGAUCAAUGUAAAGAAGUUGUAUAUGAUGUCGAUAUAACACAGUAUAUUCAGACGAUAUGUGGGCAUCUAAAAAACGGUCACGAUUCAGAGAAAGUUGACUUAAACAUCUUUCAAAAGCAGGCACCAUGUAGGGAAUUAAAGUCGUUACAUAGAUUGAUCAAGUAUAGUUUUCUUAAAAUUUUAAAUACCGCAUUUUCACCUAUACCAAGUGACACAAAAUAUUAUUAUUGCCAUACUACAUCCUGUGAGAAAGCUGUAAAUAAAAACGAUAGUGACGAUGAAUUAUCGUCUGUCCCACCAUCAGGUGUAGGUGAUCUUAAGCAAGAGAAAGAACCUAGUAUAGAAUCUGAAGUGCCCUUACAAUUUACUCAGUCAGAGAACACAAACAGUGAAUGCAUUAUAAAUAACACUUCUCCCUUAUUUUUGCAAUUGAUUUGUAUGCUAGUACUUGAAGAUAAAAGCACAGAAUGCUCUAUUACAGUUUUACCGACUUGCUUAGGGGAAGUAAUUAGUGGAUUCCAAAUUGAUAUGCAAAAAUUUGAUAAUAAAGCACUGAAAGUUUAUCUUGGAAUAAAAUGUUUAACGUUGCCCACUGAAGUUAUUAAUGUCAUUAAUGAUUAUUCUUCAAAAGGCUUGAGAACUACAAGUUUUUGUUCUGAAGGAUUUCAGCCAAGUAUAGACGGUACUUUGUCUGAUGGGAGCAGUAUGUGCAGUGGAUAUGAUCCUCUGGGAGACAUUACAGAAGAACAAAGAAAGGCCAUUGCUAUUUUACAAGAUGAGAUAAAAUGGUUAUUAAGAGACGAAAUUGCAACAGCAUUAUUAGAUAUGAAUCCUGUCACUCCAGAAACGUUAAAUUUUGUAAUCAAUCAUGUAAUAAAAAGCCCUGGAAGAAGCAGUUGUAUAUUAGACAGAGUGGACCUUCAUUUUGUAUAUGAAUCACAUCAAAGUCACGAAAAAUUCGUCAAAGAUUUCAAAGACGUUCAAGUACCCAACUACAAAAUAUAUGCUCUUCCUAUUCAAAAUGCUUCAGUUGAAUCGUUCGCCGCUAAUUACAUAUUGAUGUACCAUCACCAAAACCAAGAAAUGACACUAGAAGACACAUCUAAAGAUAUCGAUUACCAAGUGAAGAAAAUCAAACCAGAAAAUGAACAAAUGUCAUCGCCCUUAAGUAGUGCAUCACUUUCCUCUGGAAGCAACAUAGAAAGCGAUGGGGGAUAUGAUGAAGAUGUAAGUGAAGAUGAUGAAGACUACGGGUGGCUUGAAAAUAUGAAUAACAGACGUUGUCACCUUCCAAAUUUCUGGUUAAUAAUGACCAUAGAGAAGAAGACAGUCACGUUUUAUUUUCAUUGCAGGUUUUUAGGGCUUCCUGCACCUCAAGUAGCCACAUAUUUACAAGUUCAGAGGACAAUGAGAGAAAUAGUAAAGGAAUUAUGUAAACAGGUCAAUCAGUCACUACUUCUUCAAAGCCUACAUGACACAAGAGUUUGUGAUCUUCUUCUUGAGCCAGAUGAUGAUCCAAAGGAAUGGAAUUAUGAGUCAUCACUAACUUCAUUUACUUCAAAGCCCUUUUAUAACAGAUUUAAAAAUCUUGAUGAUACAAACGACGAAAUGGAAAUGUAUCCACAAAUGUUUAGGGAAGCAGAAACAAGAUUCAAGGCAGGAUAUUUUAGUUGUCCUGUAACAUGGGAAAAGCGUUUUGUUCUUCAUCCCAGGCUAAAGAUAGGUCCUGGAAAAUCUGGUCUUUCUAGGGGUAUUAAAGCGUUGAAAACCAUUCUGGAUAAAUUUUCUGUCUCAAAUAGAAGUAACAUGUUUGUUUAUCAAGAUAUCAAUUCAAAUGUUUUCUAUUUGAGACUGCACGAAUGUGUUCAAGGAGCGUCUAAGACUAAUGUAUCAAAAUCAAAUGAUUUUGAAAAUACUUCUGUGUCUCGAAGCCCUUCCAUCACUUCACUUCCAUUAAGUCAACAAAAACGAGAUCUUGCACAAUCAGAAAAUAGCAUUUCAUCGACCACAAGUUCCGAUAUUCGCCCAAGAGUAAGGUCUUUUGGAGAAAAGGACGGAAAAGAAGAAAUAACCGAAGAUACUUUAAUCUUGAAGGUUCAUGGUAUAACACAAGCUGGAAAAGAUGUUUGUUGUGAACUAGUUCAAGUUUUACAAAAAAGAUUGGACGAUGCCGUGCUCGAAUUUUUAUCAGUAAUGCUUGCUAGGAAUGCCAUGUGUCCCUUAACUCCAGAAGAUGUCAAGUUUUUGCAAAAACCUUACCAACCUCCUGAAUUAGUAAUAAAGCUUAGUAUUCAAGAUUAUGCACUAAAAUAUUUGGAUUCCUUUUCGCAUUAUUUAAAGCAAAAUUUACUACAGUUUUUAAACAUUCCAAAAUAUACAGAUUCAAGGCCUCAAUUUCAUUUCAAGGAUUAUACAGAAUGUGAUCUUUUGCUUAAUAAAGAUAUGGAAGAUAAUAUAUUCAUAUAUAAUCAAAGUCAAAGUGUAUCUUCAGGAAGUCGAGCGAUAGUGUGUAUUGCUCUAGCAAUAAUUAAAGGAUCUGAUAACAUAACUGAUAAAUUUGAUGAAAAUUUUGGAGAACUUUUCAAGAAACGAACAUUUGAGGAAAUCGUUGCUACAAGUACAUUAGAUGAAGUUGAUCCAUUCCAAAGUUAUUUGGAAUUUCGCCUCUGGAAACAAGGGAGGGUUAACACAGAAAAUUUACAUCAAAAACUGCAAACAGCUGUUCAGCAAGCUGCAUGGGACAUUGUAAUGGAAUAUUAUAUUCUUCAGCAUCCUCUUUGUACAGCUGAUGAAGAUGGCAAAUAUAAAUCGUUAUCAAAUCACAGUUUAAUGGGUCGCGAAAUUCAAAUAAAACCAAUAAAAAAUUUUACAAGCGAAGAAAUAAUUUGCAAUGUUUUCCUGGAUAAUAAAUGCACUGAAAAUAUUCCAAAAGUUUUAGGGAAGCAUCAGGAAAAAUUGGAUUUUAGAAGUUCACUAAUUUCUAGACAAAAAAGAACAAUUCCCAUUGGUUCAACAGCCAGAAGGUGUAUAUCAUUUGAUGAUUAUAGAGAAAAAGACAAUCCUGAUAUUAAAAAGAUUCCUGCUGAGCUGCCAGUAUUGAACUUAGAGCCCCAUGAAUCGGGCGACAGUGGUGUUAUGACAGAAAUUUGUUCAGAUUUGCUUCCCGAUUGGCUUGAAUUCGGCAACAAUAUUCAAGCAGUUGCAGUGAGAAAAAUCGCAGUUCCUUUAGUUAAGGCUCAUCUAUUAUACAUAACAGUAAAAGAACUGGUCUUAUUAAUUUCUCAGUUCACUCAUCUCUUUCCUAAAGUAUUCAGCUCCAUUUUGGUUGAAGAUCGUGAAACUGGAAAUUAUUUUAAUUAUUACGUUCCAUAUUCUCCAGGACAGUCACCAAAAAAAUGCAUUAUUAUCUCGCGUAAUUUCGAACAGUGGAAAGCUUCAAUUUCCUGCAAUACUGAUUUAGCUUACUUAGGAGUUAUCAGUACACAGACGUUAAAACAUUCACAAAAGUUUACUCCUGUUAUUACACCUGACAAAAAGUUUGUUCCUAGGCAGAAAAUUUUCUGGGCAUCAGUUAAAAAUGAUAACAUUGUUUUAUACACUUAUAACUGGCCCAAGGAUAAUGUUGAUAAAUUAACUGAAUAUAUCAAUCAUUUUGGUAUGUGGUUGAAUAUGAGAGCUGGUAUUCUUGCAUCUGUUACUGCUCAAAAACUUGGAUUGUUCCACAAUCAAGUCCUCUCUAGGAAAACAAUACCGUCUACUAAUCCAUACUUUUGUGCUGUGGGCGAUGUUGAAGCAGUUUUAAAAUUUUCAAAGGACAAAAAUAAACGUGGUUCAAUUUCCAGUACCAACAAUCCUAUUUCUUUUGGUGCUUUAGAUGUAUUUAGAGAUGCUUUUCAUAAUAUUAAGCAAUGUUACAACGACCCUGUGGCUAUUUUCACAAUGGAAAUGCAUGAACUUAAAAAGACUGACAAAAAACACAAAGAGGAACUUAAAAAAUUACAUUGCAUGUGGCAAUCAAGAACUAGCAGCAGUUCCGAAUCUCAGAUACAAAUUUUAAAGCAAAAUGCACGAGUUAUACAUUUUUGUUUCACUCCAUUUCUGUUUUUGCCAAGAUGGAGAGUUCAAGCAGCGGCAACCAGAGACCAUUCUCUUAACGUUCCUUUGCUAAAUAAUAAAAUUGUUGAUCAUGAAGAUGACUCUUGGCAUUAUAAUUUAUGUGCCACUUUUAUCACAGAGUACCAAAGAUAUUUACAAGGGCUUGGAUUUGUACCUUUGCAAAUUGAUAACAGUUUAAAUGCGAAUGAGAAAAAAGGAAUUCAGUUUAUUCACAAGGAUACAUUCUAUUUCCAAAAAACUAUGUUGGGUGGUAUUUUAAUUUUUACUAUGAAAUUUUCUGAGCCGUUUUUGGCAACAAAACUAUACGCUAUAGAGUGUAGCAGAUUACAAACAGCAAGUUCUAGAACUGCAAUAAACCAGUUUACGUUAAGUUUUAUUGACGAAUGCGAUCGAAUUAAAGUUUUUAUGCAUUUACAUUCCUUUACAUACGAUUUUCACUUGAGAUGUGUCCACGAUUACGUUUCAAAUGGUACUAAUUCAAAAAUUUGCGAUAAAUUCGACCUCACAAAUUUCCUUGAUGAUUUUAUGAAAUAUUAUAAUAAAGGGCCAAACUUCGCCCAAAACUUAGUUCAUGAAGAAACGGUUGUUAUCAGCGAUUUAUUAACGGAAGGGAAACAAUUAUAUGAUUAUUUAUUAUUUAACAUAGGUCAGUACAAAAUGAAAACUUUUACAAUGAGAAAAAAUGAAAGUAAAGAAGAUGAAUAUGUGUUAGUUCAAGUUUCAAAUAUGCCACAGAUGUCUUACAAAGACUCUCAGGAUUGUCAGCAAACCGACGACUUUGAUAUAACCGUUAUAAUUACAAGACUUAAUAAUGCAUCCAAUUUUGCAGAUAACGUUCUCGUUUUAAAAUAUUACGUUAUUUUAAUUUCAAGAAGGGAAAUUUAUCCUAAACUGGAGACCGAUCGUAAACUGGGUAAAUUUCGGACAGUAUCUUCGUCGUUCCAUUGUCUCACAAAAUUUAGAAAAUUUCAAGAUUCUGAAGAAACCCCUCCUCAAAUUGAUUUAAAUGUAGAAAGGUCUUUGGAUGAGCCAUCUGUCUCAAAACUAAGCGAAAGUGGUUCAUAUAAAGAAACUGAAGAAAAAGAAGGAUCAAAAAAUUCUAUCAAUUCAUUAGAAGAAAGUUUAAAGGGCAAUUCCAAUGAGAGAAAACAAAUCUGUGCUGAUCAAUAUGUCGAAAUUAAACAAGAAGCUGUUAAUUAUUUGGGAUAUUACUCUUCACACGAACAAUUAAUGCAAAAACUAAUGUUUGAUCAAGCCAAUUCAAUUAAAAAACAAAUACAAGAAAUGGUUGAACAAGGUAUGGUGGAUUGUCGAACUCACAUAUUAUGGAAUAAGUUGGCUUCAAGGCAAGAUUCAAAUACAUUAACAUAUUCUGAAUUUAUGGAAUUAAAAGGUUUAGCAAGAUUAGAAAAUUUGUCUGAUAUUCAACCAAAUUUGGCAUCGCUUUUAAAUCAACCAUUAUCGUGGUAUCAAGGUCUUGCUAAAUUACUUGUUGUAAAAUAUGGCGAAAAUAUUAGAUCUUUUAUAUCGCCCGACAAAAAUAUUCAACAUUAUGUUGUUCUCCACUAUCGAUAUGAUGGAGCAUUUAUGUUGCUUUCAAUGGAUCUUCAUACAUCGCGAGGGGACCUGUAUGGUGUCUACAGAACGUCCCACAGUUUUGAAAAUUCUGAUACUGGCGUUAUCGACCGCAAGGCACUUUUCGAUGGUUUUGUUAGGUGUGUUUGCUAUUAUAUCUGGAGUGGUUUAUUAUGAACUCAGAAAUUAGGUUCAAAAAGAGUGUAUAAUAUUUAACAUACUAGUCAGUAAUUACUCCGUUAAUCUUUUAGGGAUUUUAUGUAAAUAUUUUGUAAGUGUUCUCUGGGUUUAUUUACAUUACGUUUUUUACUAAUUGUAAUAUUUUUAAAAUAUUUUUUUUACGCAGAUUGGAUUCUCAGGAUUCUUUUCCAAUAUUUUAUUUAAAAAGUACAAAUUCUAACUAUGUAACAUUAAAUCACUUUUUUUUUAAUUUUUUUUCCCUAAGGAUUGCAUAAAAAACGUUAUUGAAAAAAGUACAGUAUAAGAGUGCAAAAAUGUGAUGUUAUUUUUUCAUAUUUGUUGGUUUAAGAAUUAUCAAUUAAGUUGGAUUUUUAUUAUUUUAGAAGCAAUAUGUUCUUGUUCGAUAAGUGUUGAAUUUUAUAACUAGUUUAAUCUGUUUAGUCUGCUAAAAUUUCCAAGUUAGUGUUUUACUUCAGCGUUUUUAGUUCGAAACAUAUGAAAUGCAAUAUUAUUUGUUAAAUUUGUGUACAUGAUGUCCAUAAAAUAUUGAUGGUCAGAUUAAUGUGCUUUUAAAGCACGAUAACUAAUUAAUUUGAGAUUCAGAGAAAAACUAUAUUUUUAUACACUAGUGAACAUUUUGGUAAAAAAAUAUUCUUUCGUCUGAUCAUUUAAUAUAUCGAUAACAUAUGUACACUUAAUAAUGCCGUUUCUUGAAUAAUUAUAUAAAAAAUAUACUAUGUUCUACUAGUAUCAAAUUAUGUUAAUCGUAUUAGUUACUAAAUAGAUUUUUAUGUUGCGUUAUAAAGUGUCCGUUUGUUUUGUUUAGAAACGAUCUAUAUAUAGCGUCAAUAUUAUGUUAAUAAAUUUACUCAUUUCGUUUUGUAAUCAUAAACAAGAACAGGCUGUUAAAACCAUUGUAGCUCAAUAGUCUUAACGAUUGUACUUUAAAGGAAGAGUCUGUGAUAAAAAAUAAGUACAUGGUUAAAUAAAUUGCCAAAAAAUA